AUGGAAACGUGGUUUUGGGUUCUCGGCUGGUUCCUUUGCAUCUUCACCAUGGUUGGAAAUGGAUUUGUCAUCUUCCUCGUCUGCAGAAAACGUCAGCUUCGCACCAAAACUAACACAUUCAUCGGGUCUUUAGCAGUGGCUGACUUUUGUGUCGGGAUGAUCGCUGCUCCUUCACGAUUUCUGUGCCAAAUGGAAAAUGAAUGCUUCUCCGAUAAAAAAGCAAGAUUUCUUGUAAUAAGUAUGUGGUUGUUCUUCACUUACGCUUCUGGAACAAACUUGGUUCUUUUAGUAUUAGAACGCUAUAUCGCCGUCGUGAAACCUUUGAAAUACUUGACUUUUAUGAAACGCCGCCGAGUCAUUAAAAUGGUUCUUACCUCUUGGGGAAUUCCUUUUGUUUUUUCUUUGACUCUAUCGUUGCAAGCGAUUAGAUUCAAUUCAAAUGAUCGCAUCAGGACUUUCCCAGGAUAUUUUUGUUUGCUCUUCGAGGUAAUAUUAUGCGUAAUUUUAACAUUUUGUCUUGCAUCAAUGUUUCUUGUUGUUUACAAGCAGUACUCUAGAGAUCGCACUUUAACUAUGCAGUUGCAGUUUAAUCAACGGAUCACUAGAGUUAAAACUCGGAAUACGUCAGCAGUAAAAUGGGUGGCAUUGGUAACGUGUGUGUUUCUAUUGUGUUACGGAAUACUUAUGCGUUGUAGUUUUUCACUUUUAAGGGGUCAUAAAUGUACCGACGAUUUUCAUUACAAAUUACCUGUACAAGUAAUUAACUCUGGAUUAAAUCCUAUAGCUUACGCUCUGUUCAAAAGAGACAUAAAGAAAGAAUGUAAAAGGCUUCUUUUCAAAAGGAGUCGAUGAUUCCCCACAGAGCAGUUUCUAUGUAGGUUACCUUCGGAAUCCCGAGUGUGGAUCUGUCUGCGUCGUAUUAAUUCUUAUCUUAACUGAUAUUUAAUGUACUUUUCACCAAUGUGCGUUUUUACUCGAGAAGUUUUAAAGUCAUGUUCUAUAUUGGGUGACUUUGAAGGAAAUUGUUUAUGAUAAGCGUAAGUAAUCUUACACCGUUACGUUUUCUUUAUAAGCCAUCACGACAGGCUUUUAGUUUCUUCUAGUGUGUUGGAAAGGUGGCGCAUUUGUUAAGAAAAAGAUGAUGAUGUAUAUUAGGAUUUACAAGAAGACAACCUAAAAUGCACUUGUUAUAGUUCAAACACGAAAACGAAUAGAAUAUGUUAAUAUUCUGAGAUAAAUGUGCAAAUGGCACCGCUUGUGUGUUAGUGAUGUCAUCCAAGAUGGAGGAAUUCUUCGGAAUUUUCACUUUUUUUCACAAAACUUUUAGGCCUGCCAAAAGAAAUUUACAGUAGCUAUCAAACUUGAAGGGAAAAUAGAAAGCAAUACACAGAAAAUAAAUAAAAGGCUUCUUGUGCUUCCCUUUUCAAUUUAAAAGCUACUCAAAAUUUUCGUAGGUCAUAUCAACCCGCAAAGUACACCUCACUUGUCAUUCAAUAUCUAUAACAUCCAUGAACCAAUUUUCACCAGACUCACAGCAGAUUUGUUUCUAAAAUACGUGAACAGCUAUUGAAGAGGACAAUUUCCCAGAUAAAUAGCUGAAAAAAUAAACUAACUGGAGCUCCGCUUUUAAACUUAGCUGAGUCUCUAUACUACACGGUAACGGUCAUCUAGAAAACAUCGUUAGUUAUCCCUUGAAUCUAACUUUACUCCACAAUGAUCUAACGCCUUUAUAUUAUUGGGUGGGUGGUGUCCUAGUUAUUAUUUAUCACAUUAUCCAAAGCUAUUUCAUUUCAUUUUAAUCACUAUCUGCAUCUAAAUCCUGUUGCAAGGAGAGCAUGAAACGGUUGGGAGAGUGAGAGAGGUAAACACUUCCAACUGAAGUACAGCUCUGUGCGAUUGAACUCCAUGCUCCUUAUUAUAACUUUAACUGUUUUUUACCACCAUGGACAAAGAAAAUUUUAUUUCAUUUUAGAGCCUGAUUGACGUUUUGCAUUGCAUUCAGUCUUCCUUGGAAAAAAUUGACAUGGUUUCAUUUAUCCUUAAAUGGUAAGCUGAAUUAAGCACCAAUUUUCAUUGGUCUCAACUGAUGAAGACAGAUGUAAAGAUGACGUCACCAUUGACAAAUUUUUAGUUUGCUAUCAUCACAAAAAAAAACCUCUAAGUUGCCAUGGGUUUGUUCGGUCAUGUAUCAAAGAAGAUGUCAACAUACAGUAAAAAUAUCAGUGACUCACUCGGCUGCGCCUCAUAUGCCCUUUUUUUAUACUUACUAUAUUUUGACGUCAUGAUAAUCUAUUACUAAAGAAAUGCACGUAAAUACAAUCUAUUUGUUACAUACUUUGCGGGCUCCGCAGUAUUGAGAGUCUCUAUGAAAAAUUCCGAUAGUGAAUUGUUAAGGUUUCGCGUCAAGCUGGAAAUGAGAGCAAGCCGAAAAUUAUAUUCGUCGAAAACCAUGUCUAUGAAGACCAACGGCCUUUAACGGAAAGGAUCAGCAAAUAAACGUACACCUUGCGUGACAUUAAACAAUAAAAAUGCAUUAAUUAUGCUUAUGAAUAAUUCUUGUCUCAUCAAAUUUAUUUAAUCUUUCAUCUACGUCAAAAUCAGCAAAUAAACGUACACCUUGCAUGACAUUAAACAAAAAAAGUGCAUUAGUUGUGCUUAUGAAUAAUUCUUUUCUCAUCAAAUUUAUUUAAUCUUUCAUCUGCGUCAAAUUUUCAGUUGUACUGAAAUAAAGGGAGCCUCACAUUACAAGACGCGACGUGUUGAUAUGAUUGGUCCAUGCUUCUGAAAACCCGACAAAUAGGCGUCAAACUCUGUGCGUUAGUACAUCUGACAAAAACAUUUUAGGUCGAUGUAUGUUCGAAGCCAUAAACGGACUUAACAUAACAAUGUCUUUUGGCGUAAUUAGUUUUUCCGCAAACGUGAGGCCAAAUGGUUUUAUAUUUAACACCUCUAUAUCAACUCAAUUUUUCUUUCUAGAAACUGUUGAAAAUUAUCUUCACUCUAGCCAAGAAAACAGCUGAAAAGUCCUGGACAGCAACUGAAAAGAAAUUCAAUGGAAACGUGGUUUUGGGUUCUUGUUUGGUUCCUUUCUAUCCUCACGAUGGUUGAAAAUGCAUUUGUCAUCUUCCUCGUCUGCAGUAAACGUCAGCUUCGCAACGCAACGUGUCUUUUAGCAGUGGCAGAUUUUGCGUUGGUGUGAUAACUGUCCCUUGCACAUUUUCUCUGCACUAUAAUAAUAAUAAUAAUAAUAAUAAUAAUAAUAAGGCGAAUAAGUGCACCUCCAAUUACACAACAAACUUACUUGUGACUUAUGUAAGAGUUUUCAUAGUGUAUGCAUCUGGAUCAAACAUGUUUAGUUUGGUAUUGAAACGAUAUGUCGCUAUGGAGAAACCUCUGAAAUACUUGACUCUUAUGACGAGCCGCCGUGUCAUUCAAAUGGUUUUCUUUCCUUAGGGCCUUCCUUUUCUAUUCAUUAUGGUUAUAUCGGCGAUCAGAUUCAAUUUGAUCUAUCGUAUUAGCGGCUAUGUGUAUUUGCUUUUCGAGGUAAUGUUAUGCGAAUCAGUACAUCCAUGUUUUUUCUUGUUUACAAGCAGAACUUUAAAGAGCGCGUUUUAGUAAAGCACUUGCAGUAUAAUCAGCUGGUCGUUAAGGUGAAAACUCAGAACAGCUCAGCAGUAAAAUCGGUCGCAUUGGUAACGAGCGUGUUUCGUGUUACGGAUUACUGAUACGUUGUAUUUUAUUAGUUUUAACUGGUCAUCUUGGUAACGAUUUUCAUUACAAAGUACCUCUACAAGUUAUUAACUCUGUAAUAAACCUUAUAGCUUGCACUUUCUUCAAAAGAGAUAUAAAGCGAGAAUGUAAGAGACUUGUCUUCAAGAGGCGUUGUUGAUUCAAUACACAGCCUCUGUUCGUACUUAAGCAACAACAAUUUCAGCUGGUGCAUAGACUUUAUUUGACGAUACUUCUUGUAGAACGUUACCAUGUUCGGUUGUAGAUCCAUCUAUGAUACAUGAAUUCUUAUUUUAAUUUAAUUUAUGGUUAGUUCAAAAGAUCCCAAUAGACAAAAAAUAACACAACUAUGUAAGAAUGUAGAGUUUAUUUUGCCUAAAUUUCCAAGAUUUAAGACCGAAUAUCGAUGUUUUCGAAGCAUUUGCUACUGCAGAGAGCUGUUACAUAAUACUGGACUGAAAGGACUGACUGAAAUGUCAAUUGCCGAAUCUACCCCCAGCACGACGAACAAUCACGCUCUAACUUGGCUGAGUUUUCAAAGCAGAGAAACACUUUUAAAAGCUGUUCACAGCGAAUAAACGCACGCCUUGUAUGACAUUCAAAACCGCGUGCAAGAUUAGACGUGAAGAUAAUUUAAAUCUCAAGAAAUUGAUAAAUUAUAUCUUGUAUCUGCGUUAACAUCUGGGCACUUUUGAAACAAAAAGGAACUUUUGUCCAUAAGAAACUAGGGAACUAUAUUUGUCAAUACAUGUUUGUAUUCUCGAUUAAUUCAAGUGACAAAGUAAUGAUAAAGUCCAUUUCCAUAUAUGGCCUGCUCCGAAUCUGGUCCAUCUAUUUCCAAUUUAUAUAAUAAGCUCAGUUAUGUAUGCAUUCUUAUUGGUUCUCACUUAUGAUCUAUUGGAGGACAGACGCAUAGAUGACGUCAUAAUUAAAAACUUUUUUUCGAAAAAAAAACUGCGCCUCGUGUGCCACUUUUUUGUUCUUACCACAUUUUGACGUCAUCUGUGAUCUAUUACUGAACAGACGCACGGCAACUUGGAAUCUAUUUGUUAAUUACCUUUGAUCAAAAAUGGAUCGUGAUAUUUACGACUGUUCCUUUCCAAUAACUUGGAUAGCUUUGCGAAGUUACUUUACUUCAUGAAAAACAUACAUAUAUGUUCCUAUGCUACCGUUUUAAAACAUGUUGCAAUAUGAAAAACACUUUUUUUUAUUUUGGCAGCAGCUAUAAUAUUUUUCUUUCUAAAAUAAUCUCUUUAAUUUUAAUUAAUGGGAAAAGAAAAGGUGUAUAUUUUUCAUAAUUAUUUUUUAAAAUUUCACUGCCUUACAUACACGUUUCCCUUUUUUCAACGAUGCAAAAAGACUGCGAGGAGUGCCACUUCUAAUUUUACUCAGAAUUGUGUUCUUUGAAAGCAUUAACUUCCAGGGAUUCUUUGCCUUUGCCGUUGGUCUUGACACGGAUAAAGAAAUUUUUAAAUAAUCAGAGCAGCACCCAUUACUUUCUUAUUGGUUAUACUCAUGGAAAAUUACUAAAAUAUGUAAAACUGCGUCCGUACAUCUGAAAGCACGUUUUAAAAUCUAAAAGUUUAACCGAUAUUUGGCCCAAAGAUGUGAAUUGUAUGAUGGUUUUGCUACAGGAUUGAAUUACAUUUGGAAGGAUAAAUUCAAUGAUUUUUUUAAUUAAGUCUGAAAAAUUAGUUUGCCAUAAGCAAAGCAAUAUUUGACCAGCUGAAUGCUCCAAGAUAUAAUCGCUAUUUAAGGAAACAAUAUUCUUCUAAUAGCGUUAAGAAAUAACUUGAAACAAUAAAACCGUAUGGUUCAGUAAAAUAACUAACGCUUCGUUAAAACUCAAUAACACCUUCUUACAGCUUUUAAAUACAUGCAAUUUCCUUGGAAGCCAGAAAGAAGGAAAUUUAAGCAAUAGAAACGAGGUUUUGGGUUUUUGCCUGAUUCCUUUCUAUCCUCACGAUGGUUAGAAAUGAAUCUGUUAUCUUUCUCGUCUGCAGAAGACGUCAGGUUUGCACUAAAACCAACACAUUUAUCGUGUCUUUAGCAGUGGCUGAUUUUUGAGUUGGGAUGAUUGCUGUUCUUUCACCUUAUACUUGCAACCUUGCAAAAUACAACCCACCAAAUAUAGCAGGAUUACUUGUGCUGUAUAUAAGAAUAUUCAUAGUCUAUGCAUCUGGAUCAAACUUGCUUAGUUUAGAUCUGGAAGCUAUAUCGCCGUGGUAAAAUUGAAAUACGUGACUUUUGUAACGCGCCGCAGAGUCACUCAGAUGGCUGUUAUUUCUUGGGGAAUUCCUCUCGCAGUGAUUAUCGUAGCAAUGUCGAUCGACAGAAUACUAAAUGUCGAAGAAAUUCCAAUCGAUGUUACCCUUCUCAUUAACGGCUUAUCGUUUAUGUCUUUCGAGGUUAUCCUUUGUAUUGUUUUCCUUUUUUUGCGUUCUGCCUACGUUGCUAGUUCUUUAUAACAACCGUCGAGGUCGAGCUGUAACUAAACAGCUGCAGCAUAACGUCCUCAACCAGCGGAUCAAAAUUAAAACUCAAAGCAACUUGGUAGUCAAAAUGAUGACUAUAGUUACAAGUGUGUUCCUGUUAUGUUACGGAUUGCUUCUGCGUUGUAGUAUCUCAGUCUUACAUGAUAACAACGACUGUAACGAUUUCCAUUACAAAAUGCCGCUGCAGGUGGUUAACUCUGGAAUAAACCCUUUAGCUUAUGCUGUUUUCAAGAGAGACAUAAAAGCAGAGCUUAAAAGAGUAUUCAAGAAACGUCAGUAGCUGUAGAAAAGUGGAGAUAGAAGCUAAAUACUGGGACUCGGACUUGGUAGAUAAGGAGCGAAAUGCUCUUUCGGUGAAGAGCUUGAUUUACAACUUGAUUUAAAUUAAUCUGCUCUUUAUAGGAUCGUAAUGGAUCUAUUUAUCAACGACUUUUACAGAGAUUGUUCCCGCAUAAUUCACUGCCCCUGCAGACGAACUAUUCAGAUUUAACGUCGAGCUGAAAAGGGAAAUUUAGAAUUCUAAUUAAUGAAUCCCUGCCUAUUAAACUAGAGGAUCUCCUGUAACCAUUUUGAAGAACUUUUCUCAGCGAAUAAGAAUGCAUGCUUUGCAUAAAAACGCGCCGGAAUAAUUUUUGUGCUAUAAAAUUGCGAAAUCCUAGCUUGCACAUGUGUAUAAGUUUCUGAGCACUGUUGAAACAAAAGGGGGCUUCUUUUCACAAGUCACGAUCAAAGUUUAUAUUUCAAAUUCUGACUAUCUAUAUUUCGUGUCUAUCUAUAUUUCAAAUCAUGUCUACCUUAUGAUGAAUUCUCUAUUUCUUUUCCUGAGGGAUUAGAAACAGGAACUGUUAAGAAAUAUCCUCGCUUUGUUCAGAAUCCGCUCAAUUUAUUCCAAAUCUACUCUUACUCAAAAUACUCCUUUGAGUUUUUGAGAUUGCCAUAAGGAAAUAAUUAAAGCGUCCGCUGUCACUUAAGAAGCAACAUCUCUCAGGCUUUGUUCCGUUGUGGUUCUCAGGUCGAGCCAUUUAUAUGAAAAAUGAACUAAAGAAAUUUAAGUCUUUGCGUCAAAUCAUAUGGUAAAUAUUAAACGCGUUUGCAGUAUUGCAUGCGACAACUAAGUUUUUUUCGUAAAAAUAGAGAGAAGUGAAAAUGGCUUUAAGAUCAAUCAGUCUGAAGAUUGCAAGUACUUGACAUAGUGUGGGACCGAUGAUAAAAGUCAUAAGUGGCUUAAAGAAGCAAUUUGAAGGUGACAGUUGGUUUUAUGAAAAAGCGUUGUUCCAAGCAGCUGGGUAACCUUACAUAUGUUAAUCCAAAUAUGAAUGCAUACAGCAACUACUUCUCAAAACCCUCUUUACUCUGGUAACUCAAAUAAAGCAAAAAAUGUCCUGGUGUAAAUUUAAUAGAAACUUGAAAGGUUUUUAUUUCUCGGCUGUUUCCGAACUUUGAAAUCGUAGGACGUUAGCGGAGUCGGUCUAUUAAAGAUGUAAUUAUCCUAAAAAAGCAAUGAUUAAAGGGAUACAAAAUCUACUUGGAAUUUAUGUCGUAAUGUCAAUUACUUGAUAAUAAAAGGAGGUGACUUUGGCUUUACACUGACCGAUCAAUAACUUUAAAAUCAUCACAAUAAUAAAUACUUGUCGUAAACGGUGCAUGCAUCUGGAAAAAAAACAGUAAAUAGGAUUAAAACUCCGUGAGUCAAAGCGUCUUCUGGAACAAACCUGUUUAGUUUAUCAAUGUAUUUAUUUUAGUAUUCAUGUUUUGCAUACUGUGACAAAAUAAAUACUCCACUCUGCUCCUUAAAAGUUACAAGUUUUUAAAAUAUGUAUAGUAGAGCGCUAUCUUCGUUAUAUUCAGAAUCCGCUAAAAAUAUUGCCCCUCGGCAAAAUUCCAACAACUGGUUCCUUUACUCCUUUUCUUAAAAAAAAAGCUCAGCUUUCGUAGAAAUUGGAAAUAGUCGUCCCUUACAAACGGAAAAUGAAUAACAGAUAUCAAAUGAUUUGCUUCAAGUAAUAUGUAUAACAUACAGCGAAGUAACUCGCGUUCACAGCCUUCUAUGUGACUAAUACCAAAUUGAACAAAGGCGGCAAGUUUCUAAAGAAACUGUGUUGCUGUGUCCGUGGGGGGUGUAACACAAUAAUGUGGUUUUAUCAAGAGAUCAUAGGGUUUUCUUAACUGUGUUGAUGAGUUUCUAAAGCUGAGGUUUCGAGCGUCAGCCCUUCGUCUUUUCGCUCUGAAGAAGAGCUAGCAUUCGAGACGUCAGCUUUGAAACCCUCCACGGUGGCCAAUUGGCAUUAUCAACUCAGUUGAUAAAACAAAGCUAUUUCACAUUGAAAUUGUUUUGCAGAAUAGAGGGAAGCAAAAUGGCUUUGUAAUAUUUUUGGACUAAUUUGUUCUUUGCGAGAAAACAAAUCGGCUCAGUCUUCAGGCUCAAUAAGCCUAAGAUGAGCUAUUACUUGACAGAUUGUGGGACAAAUGAUGGGAUUGCUUCAAAAAUAAUAUCAUAAAUUGCUCGAUAAAGAAGCAAUUUCAAAAAGAAAAGUGAAGGUUACAGAAGAGUUUUUGUUGAAAUUGUGGGUCAAAGCAGCUGGUUCUAUAAGACUUUUAAGAAUGUGAAUAAACGUGAACAAACGUGAACAAACGUGAACAAACGUGAACAAACGUGAACAAACAUGAAUUUAUUUAUCUACUUCUCCUCAAAACCCGCACUUCUCUAACAAAGGAUAAGAAUCUGAGAAAAGAUCGAGGUAUAAAUUAAACUCCAAGGGUUUUAUUUCUCGGCGGUUUCCUAACUUAGAGAUUGAAGGAUACUAGUUGGUCGAUUAAAAAUAUGAUCAUUCCAAAAAGGAGGAUAUCAAAAUUCAGUUUAAAUUUCUGAUGUAAAGUCGAUCAUUUGAAAAUCAAAGGGGGCGAGGUUGGCCUCACGUUGAAUAAAGGUCAGUUCAUUAAUUCACCUCUAAUUUGUUCUUCUAUUCUAUUCUUUCUAUUAUUUUCAAAAGAGCGCUCUGUACCAGUUUUUUUUUUUUGCGAAAUAAAACAAUGACGAAGAAAAUGUUCCGGUUUUUCUAAGAUUUCUGAUUGGUCCAUGCUUCUUGAAAACCAAUAAACAGGCGUCAAACUCUGUGCGUCAAAGCGUCUGACAAAAUCAUUUUACGGGUGAUCGAUGUUUGCAGCCUUAAUUGGACUUAACAUAACAAUGCCUGUUGGCCCAAUUGGUUAUUACGCAAAGAUAAGACCUCAAUUGCGACAUCUGCGCAAUUGUUUCUUUUCAAUGCUGUUAAAACUCUUUUCUCUUUAACGAAGAAAGCAAUUGAAUAUUCUCAGACGGCUAUCAAGAAGAACUUCAAUGGAAACGUGGUUUUGGGUUCUCGGCUGGUUCCUUUGCAUCUUCACGAUGGUUGGAAAUGGAUUUGUCAUCUUCCUAGUCUGCAGUAAACGUCAGCUUCGCACCAAAACCAACAUAUUCAUCGUGUCUUUAGCAAUGGCCGACUUUUGUGUUGGGAUGAUUGCUGUCCCUUCACGUUCACUAUGCAACAUGGUAACUGAGUGCAUCUCCGAUAAAAAAGCAAGUUUACUUGUAAUGAGCGUAUGGGUGUUCUUCAUUUACGCAUCUGGAACAAAUUUGUUUAGUUUAGUACUGGAGCGAUACAUCGCCGUCGUGAAACCUUUGGAAUACCUGACUUUUAUAAAGCGCCGUCGAGUCAUUCAGAUGGUUCUUGCAUCUUGGGGAAUUUCUCUUUUUUUCACUCUAACUGUACUGUUGAUUAGACUCAAUUCAAUCGAUAGUAGCAGGAAUAUCAGCGGCUGUUUGUAUUUUUUGUUCGAAGUAAUCCUAAGCGUAAUUUUAACAUUUUGCGUUACAUCCAUGUUUCUUGUUGUAUGUAAGACACGAUCUAAAAAUUGCGUUUUGGUGAAGCAGCUGCAGUUUAAUCAAAGAUUCGCUAAAGUUAAAACUCAGAACUCGUCCGCCGUAAAAUGGGUGGCUUUAGUAACUUGUGUGUUCCUUAUUUGUUACGGAAUAUUCACGCGUUGUAGUUUAUUAGCUUUAACUGGUCAUCAAUGUAACGAUUUUCAUUACAAAGUACUUCUCCAAGUUUUUAACUCUGGAAUAAACCCUAUAGCUUAUGCUUUCUUCAAAAGGGACAUAAAAAAAGAAUGUAAAAAGCUCCUUUUCAAAAGGUGUUGUUAAUUUUAAUAGCAUUUGGUGAGGAAUUAGAGGAAAGACUUCAGUUGAUGCAUAAACCUAGCACUUUUCUUAGUUCAGAGGACAAUCGGCUGUCAAGCCGUGUGAGAUGGAUUAUUACCUUCUCUUAAUUGAUAUCUUGCACUGUAACCAAGAAAAAUAUUUCGGUGCAAUUAUAUACGAUUGUGAUGCUCAUAUCCACACAUCAUAUCGAAUAUAUCGAGACUGUUCUUUGCUAGAGGAAGUUACUUUUUUUAAAAUUAGUGAAGCCUACUGGUAUUUCAGUGUAAAAGAUAUCCGGUUCCUAAAACUAAAUUUAUUAACUUGUCUAAUGCAUUUUGAAAUAAGAGAAAGUAGAUCAUAUUCCACCUCAAUUUUGCUGUCCGCCGCGUCCACUGUCUGUUCUCUUCAAUGCUUUAGACCAUUAUGUUCUUGUUGAUAAACUAUAUCAAACAUAGCUUUGAAACGAGGAAUGCUGGGAUAGAAGACCUGACAUUUUUACAUUUUUGCCUCCGGUAGCUGAUUUGUAUACAUGUCAACUUCUCCAUAAGUUGAAAUUUUCACGUAAUUUACCUUUGCUGGUCAAUGUCAAAAUUAUUUGACUGUUUGAUAUAAACACCUUUCCUUUGGCAAAUUUUCGUUCGGUAGCGUAGACGACUUUGAUAUGACGUUUAAAAGGCUUUUUCAUUAGAUGGAAAUGCUUUUUAAAGAGAAUGUUUGUUAGACUAACAGGAAAUUACUCAACAAGCAUAAAACUCGUGCUAUUGACUGGUCUAAUGGCAAGGAAAUUCUUAAAAGAAAGCGCUUUCAUGAAACAAGUCUUCGUGACAGGUUUUUAGGCUUUGUUAGUGUGUUGUACAAAUAACCAUUUUCUUUUUGAAAAGAAGCGCACAUGCUAAGGAAAAGAUGAUAUUGGGCAUUUAGCCCACGAGCAGGACCUUAGUAUUGGUGUCUCAGUAAGCGCGUGUCGUCGCCUGCUAGAUAGUUUGAGGCCAUGAGUAGUCUUGCAUGCUUUGUUCAAGGCUUUAAGCUUAUUUGCAGGUGGAGGACGCACGUGCCGCAGCGCUAAUUGGGUACCUUUAGCAGUCAGCUCGGCAACAUCUGACGACAAAGUUAAUUUAAAAGUGAGCUUAAAAUUCUAUUUAUAAAAUAAUUCAGAUUGAGUACGCGACCGAGCUUUCAUUGGUCAACGGGGAAAUUUAGAUGAGAGUACGUAUACACAGUUAGGAAGUCUAGCUUCUUGCGCUUGCCGACACAAUUUGAAAUGAUCUAAAACUCAAAAGCUUUCGCAAUACUUGCAGAAAAAAUUCAAGUACACAUGACAGAAUUAGAAAUGGAAAAAAAUUCAAAAUUUUGAUGUGGGGUUUAGCAAUCACUUUCCCCUCUGAGCCCAAGCAGAAAAAAAAGAGGAAAAGUUAAAACUACAGCGCUUUAGCUGCUUAGAUAAUCGUGAGCUGGAAGACCUCGCCGAGGGAGCUCAUGUUUACUAAAAAAUGUCCACGAAAAGCGCAAACCGAACUAAGUGCCACAGUCUGUAUUUUCUUGAAGUAAACAACGCACACAGCCUAUCGAUUGCCAUGUUUUUGCUUUAAAAUUUCUCUUAAAUUGAAAUUUUUACUGAGACGUUCUCGGCGUAUGAAACUACUUUCGCAUUGGCAUUAAUAAUCGUAAACUAUUUUUUCGGUUCGAAUGGGACAGAAAAACUGUACUAACCAGCACAAAGGCGCGGUGAAUAAUUCAAGUUCUCAAUUAUGUGAGUAGUUUAUCCAGAGCGCCAUGCUUACUAUAUUGUGCGCUGCCAAAUCGGGUAAGUUUUCGUCACUUUCAUAAGGGAUAUUCAGUUUCAGCUUAAUCAAACUCCUCCUCUAAAAGUUCUUUACUUAAGGGAUUGUAUAUUUUAAAUAUUUUGGUAUUUUUUUGUGAAAAGAAAUCGUUUAAUUCACACGGGGCUGGCACAACAAAUAUUAACUCGACUUUAAUUUUUAUAAGACGAAUUUUGAUAGGUUUGUGUAUUUUUAUCGCCCAGAGCAUUUAUUGAGAAAAUAUAUUUCAAUCGAGUAGUAAAUAAAUAAUUAUUUUUCCUUUUUUAUGUUAUUGGAGAGCCAUAUCCAAAAAUAAAGAUAAUUUUUUCCCGUGUGUACAUAAUCUCAUCCAAACAAUUGAAAGUUGAAAAGUUAUCGAAAAUUAUAUCAAUUCUUCCAAUAAUAAUUUAAUAAAAAUGAAAAAAAAAUGCCAGAUAUGGCCGAUGUCGGCGUCUAUGUUUUCCUGCAAAGCCCACGGAAACCUCCUACGUAUCGUGGUUUCACUUAAAUUUUGAACGUUUUUGACGUCAUUGCUAUGAUGAAUAAGGUUAUAGACAAUAAUUCUUCUCGAUUUGUUAAAAACUAAAGUUGUUCUAGAAGUGGCCAUCAAAAAGAAUUUCGAUGGAAACGUGGUUCUGGCUUCUCGGCUGGUUCCUUUGCAUCCUAACGAUGGUUGGAAAUGGAUUUGUCAUCUUCCUCUUUUGCAGUAAACGUCAGCUUCGCACCAAAACCAACGCAUUCAUCGUGUCUUUAGCAGUGGCUGAUUUUUGUGUUGGAAUGAUUGCUGCUCCUUCACGUUUUCUCUACGCUAUGAUAAAUGAGCACAUUUCCGAUGAUGAUCUCCGACUAACGAUGUACGUGUGGGUGUUCAUACUUUACGCGUCUGGAACCAACUUGUUAAGUUUGAUAUUUGAACGAUAUAUCGCUGUCGUGAAACCUUUAAAAUACUUGACUCUUAUGAAGCGCCGCCGAGUCAUUCAAAUGGUUCUAACAUCUUGGGGUAUUCCUUUUCUUUUUACUCUGACUACAUUAUUGAUGGGAUUGUUUUCAUUGCAUCGAAUCGAAGGCUAUUUGUAUCUAUUUUACGAGGUAAUCUCGUGUAUAAUUUUAAUAUUUUUCCUUGCAUCCAUGUUCCUUGUUGUUUACAAGCAGAACUCUAGAGAUCGCACCUUAGCGAAACAAUUGCAGUUCAAUCGAAGGGUCGCUAAAGUUAAAACUCAAAACAGGUCAGCAGUGAAAUGGUUAGCAUUGGUGACCAGUGUGUUUCUACUGUGUUACGGAUUAUACAUGCGUUGUAGUUUAAUAAUUUUAAUUGGUUAUCAUUGUAAAGAUUUUCAUUACAAAGUCCCUUUACAAGUUGUCAACUCUGGAAUAAACCCUAUAGCUUAUGCUUUCUUCAAAAGGGACAUAAAGCAGGUA